UCCAGGUGGUUAUUCUUUUUUACUGUUCUCCGGUCACAUCGCCCCGUCCCUUCUUUUUCGUUUUUCCUGAAAUCAAGAUGGUGAACGUACCAAAACAACGCCGCACCUUCUGCAAGAAGUGCAAGGUCCACAAGCUGCACAAGGUGACGCAGUACAAGAAGUCCAAGGAGCGCAAGGGUGCCCAGGGCAGGAGGCGUUACGACAGGAAGCAGCAGGGUUUCGGUGGCCAGACCAAGCCCAUCUUCAGGAAGAAGGCCAAGACCACCAAGAAGAUCGUACUGCGUAUGGAGUGCACUGAGUGCAAAUACCGCAAGCAGACUCCCCUGAAGCGUUGCAAGCACUUCGAGCUGGGAGGCGACAAGAAGCGCAAGGGACAGAUGAUCCAGUUCUAGACACACUUAGGCUCCUUCAUCCAACCGAGAAACUCUUUUUGCUAUCGAAGUGGUUUUAAGUUGUUUUUUUGAGCCGCCGCAUGGCGGCAAAUAAAACAAAUUAAAUUGUA